CCGUGCACCGCCCGCCCUCCCUCCCUCCCUCCCCACCCGGGGCCGCCUCCCCUCGCUCCGCCGCCGGCCGCGGCGGCGCAGGAACCCCGCGGGCGACCGCGUAGGAAGCGCGCUCGGCCGCCGCCCGCCCGGCCGCCGCCGCCAUGGCGGUGCGGAGCCGCGGCGCUUGGCGGCGGCGGCUGCUGGUGCUGCUGCUGCUGCUGCUGCUGGCGGGCUCCGCCGCCAGCCCGGCGGAGGAAGGCGGCGGGAGGCGGGAGGCGGCGGGCGGCGGGGAGCACGGCGAAGAAGCGGCGCGUCCUCACCACGAUUCUUCGUACGGCACGUUCGCCAGCGAGUUUUACGACCUGCGCUACCUCUCCGAGGAGGGUUACCCUUUCCCUACUGCUCCUCCUGUGGAUCCAUUCGCAAAAAUAAGAGUGGAUGACUGUGGAAAAACCAAGGGAUGCUUCAGGUAUGGUAAACCUGGAUGCAAUGCAGAGACUUGUGACUACUUUCUAAGUUACCGUAGAAUAGGAGCUGAUGUUGAAUUUGAGUUGAGUGCCGAUACUGAUGGCUGGGUGGCAGUGGGAUUUUCCUCGGACAAGAAAAUGGGAGGAGAUGAUGUCAUGGCUUGUGUUCAUGAUGAUAAUGGAAGAGUCCGAAUACAGCACUUCUAUAAUGUCGGUCAGUGGGCUAAAGAAAUCCAGAGAAAUCCUGCUAGAGAUGAAGAAGGGGUUUUUGAAAACAAUCGUGUAACUUGUCGAUUCAAGCGUCCUGUAUAUGUUCCCCGAGAGGAAACCAUCGUAGAUCUGCACUUGAGUUGGUACUAUCUGUUUGCUUGGGGUCCAGCAAUUCAGGGUUCUAUAACUCGUCAUGAUAUAGACUCACCACCCGUAUCAGAGCGUGUUGUCAGUAUUUACAAGUAUGAAGAUAUUUUCAUGCCAUCGGCUGCCUAUCAAACCUUCUCUUCUCCAUUCUGCUUACUCCUCAUUGUUGCACUGACCUUCUAUUUAUUGAUGGGAACCCCAUGACCGAUGGAAGAUAGCAAGAAUUUGUCAGUGGAAGUUUCUCAGGAUGGACGGCUAUACGGAUGGACGAUGCGUUUUUCUAUUGGAAUUUAUAUCACACCACCAUCCUCAUCUAGCUGCUUUUGAACAUAGUUAGCUUCUCAGGAGAAUGAAAUAACCAUCUCCUUUGAGUGGCAGAGUGGUGACAAAUCAUUUAAGAAUAAUCACUGAACACAUAGGAGAAUAUUUUCAGUGUUGUGACUACUUGCUUAAAGAAAAGGAGACUUUUGUAAAAUCAAUGUGUGUGCGUGUGUGUGUAUGUGUGUUUGGGAGGGGUGUCUGUCUGUAUGUGUGUUUAGGUGAAUUUAGUGAUGGACACCUUAUCAAAUAACAAAAUUGCCUUCCAAAUUGCUCCCAAAAAGCAAAUUUGGGAAAAUAUUAUAAUGCUGUUUGGUACUUCUGGAGCAGACAGCACAACUCCAAGUGCAGUUUCUGAACUUAAGAUCCGGAUACCGACACAGCAGUAUAAAACCUGCCCUUCGGUAACGGACAGUUCUCCCUUUUUUUUUUUUAAUAUUUAUCAAGGUUUACUUGCUCUGGUACUUUCCAAAACUAAACUUGCAUAAUCAAGCAUUAAUGUGGGUUGUUUUUUGUUUUUUUUUUUCAAUGGAAAAGAGGUGAUGAAUGUCUGUCUUUAUAAUAGUAGAGUUUCAACAACCUUCUUGAAAGAAAUGGCUACUUUUUUAUGAGUGAGAUAUCAAGUUAUUUAAACAAGGGGAGGGGAGAAUACGGUAAUGUAAAUUCUCCAUAGAUAGGAAAAACAAGCAUAAAACAUACAGAAUAUAGAAGUUCCAACAAGCCAUAGGACGUCCUCUCAAUAGAUUAAAUCAAUUCUUUUCUUUUUAUGAAAAAAACAGUAAUUUUGGUGACAUGUAAAUACGUUUUUAAGCAGUUGUGUAGUAGUAUGAAGUAGUCUGUUUUUCUGUGUUGUAUGCCUGUAUAUCCUGUUCACGUUAAAGGUGAAUAUGGGCAGCUGGUGUUAACUUACAAAGACAUGGAAAUACAAUUGAGAUUAUUUGUAAGGAAACAUAGAGAUCAAUGAGCAGAGCAGUAUCUUUAGUUUCAUCAAACCACUGCUGAAAUGUAGUUACUGUGGAAAAAGAUGAGCUAAAGAGGAAAUACACUAGAUUUUUUUUAUCACCAAAAAUAUUACAAAGCUAAAUAUUACAGAAAUGGAAAAUGUCAAAAUGUAUUUAUGAGCCACAGAAUAUUACGAAAAACUGAGUUCUUGUGGACAAUUUCUGUUCUUCGCGUAAUAGGGAAGUGUAUGACACAUGGCUACAUGGAGCAGUCAAAUGUGCUUAGAUAAGGUUGCUCAUUCACUUCCCAACUUGCAUUAAAAUUCCAUUUCAAUAGAAUUAAAAUUUAAAUUGUGCCAAAGUUCUAUCUAAUGUGGUACGCUUGAGGACUCUGUAACAUAGGAUCUGGUAAAGUAUGUGAUAGAUCUCCUUUCUAUUCUCACUGCUGCACAGAGCGUAAAAAGAUUAACUAGCUUUGCUGGAUUUGCAUCGUUAUUCACAGACUGAAGUUUGUAGACUAAUUUUUCUUAGGCUUGGCAUUCUUCAAACCUGUGCUUAAAGUAUAUGAAUUAGAUUGAAAAUGAAUCCAAACGUUUUAUCGCAAACACUUUAUCCCUGUUUCAAAAGAAAGAUUGUGUAGUAAUAUGUAUUUUCAUUGAUGUCUUUAAGGGUUUGUUCACUUAAAGUUACUGGACUAGAGUUCAGGAGAGGGGUGAAGAGAAAUUCAGAAUGAAGUGAACUUUAAAAGUGCAUAUAGUAGCUUUAUUUCCUAUAAAUUAUUUCUCUUAAGUUGGAUAGCCUACUCAUCAUCUGAUGAAAUAUAUAGUGGAGACCACCCAGUAAGGAAGAUCUGCUUUGGUCCACCAUGGCUGUGAAAUUUAGCUUUAAGAUUGGCUGAAGCAGAUGGCUGAAGCCUGGAUAAUGAGUUUUAUAUUCAGCAACCAGGUGAAGUGAAGAAAUCAUUAGGGCAAAUUCCUUCUCCUUUGUGCUAAUUUGUAGGCAACUGAGAUAGUGCAGUUCCUUCCCAGAGAUCACAGCUAUUUAAAGUAGCCUCAGGGUUGCUUUAGUUUAUGGCCUUGUAUUUACUAUUUUAGUUUCAGGCAUUUACCUGAUUACCCACUAAAGGGCUAACCUAAUAAUUGAAAGGUACUGAAGUAGGAUAGAAACCCAUUUUGGCUCCUCUUUUCUUCUUUAAUACAGUGCUGGGUUUAGGAUAGCCUGGCUGGACCAGAGCACAGAGGUACAUUAAAGACGACAAUAAUAAUACCAAGGCAAACGUGCAACACCUGUAGAGCUGCUUCCCACCUAUAUGGAAUCACACAUGUUUAAAGUUCAGGCUCUACAGCAACAGCAAAUUCAGAGCAGAGGCACAGCUGCUUAAGGCUAUGUCUGCUGCAAAGUACAAACUGCUUCAGUCUUCAGCUGUACCCAUGUUCUCAAUUAGGGUAAAAAAUACUUUUUUUUUUUUUUUUCCUUUUUCAGUUUACUUGUCAGUGUGCUGUCUGGUGUUUUUGUCAUUGUAUUUUUCUUUUGUUGAAGUAUUAGCAGAAACAUUCACUUCUAUUAAAAAUUUCACCCAAGCUUCCCAGUACUUAAUUAGCACUGAUUAAGUAUUUCUAAUCAAAGGGGUGGAAAUAAAAGGCCGCAAGAAGCCGCAAAACAACCUAUUCUUUGGCAUUUCAACUGAGGGUUGAGUUUAGCACAGAGUUUGUCUGAGAGUUGCUCUUCAGAGUGGGAAAAGCAGGAACGUGAGAUUCAAGUUGACAAACAAAGAAGGUACAAGUGUUUAGAAAUUACUAGUUAUGAAGAAAUAUGAGAAGAAAAAGGCCAUUAGAGAAAUGAAAAGGCUUUACCUCGGUGGUGUUUAACUUUGUAUAAUACUUGGUAAGUCUUAACAUUUGAGUGGGUGUAGUAACUUGUCAUGGAAGGCAUUUUGGUUUUCAUAUGGUUUGUUUUGGUUUUUUUAAUGUUGAAAAGCAGGAUUGAUCCCUGUUACAUGAAGUUACUACAAAGUAACUUUCUUCAAAGUAACUUUUAAGUGAUUAUGGCAUUUCAAAUAGUUUUGGGAUUUUUCUAAUUAACAGGUACCAACACAAAGUAGAGGAAAAGGUCUCCUUUGGAAAAGGAGACAGACACUUCUUUCUCCAAAUUAAAUUACUCUUAGUUUCUUUAUGGUGACUGCUAGCAAGCAGCUGUUAAAGAAUACCUUUCCAAUGUGCUUUUCUUUUGAGAAUUACCUGCUGCAGGAUGACCUAAUACAGAGGCACAGAGUUUAGAAAGUGCAUGUUUAGAGUAUGGCGUCCUUUGGAAAUUCAACUCUGAUUAUUACUUAGGAAGAUAGGACUGGCAAAGACCAUAAGGCAUUAAUUAACAUCCUUGAAUAUGUUCUUUCCGUGCAGAACAAAAUUCACUUGUGACCGUUGCUUGUUACGUUAACCAUGUUAUCGCCCUCUGCUUGCUCUGUCCAUCUUAACUAGAAUGUUUUAUACCUAAAUUUUAUAAGUUAGUUGGAAGAGAAAUCAGCUGCUUAUAUUUGUGACAGUGCCUAUUGCAAAGGGACCCUUUUUUUGGACUGUAGUGUCUGACUGCUACCCUGCUACAAAUAAUAAGCUAGGCCCGAAAUGACAUUAAUAAUAAGUAGGAUAGGAAAGAGAGAAAGAGAAGUGGAGAGGACAGACUUUCAGAAAGUCAUUUUUUUCUUUGCUGGAAUCAAAUAACUAUUUUUAUGUACAUGUGAGAUACUCCUAAAUGCUAAUUGAUUCCUCCCAAAAAAAGCCUAGCUGAUUUGAUAAUGUCAUUGGAUACAGGGUGAUGCUUUCUUCAGAAUUCUAUUAUUAUAAGGGAAAUACUCUGGUUUUGAAAAAGAACAUAUCGAUGAGAAAAAAUUGAAAUCCCUCUGUGGCCUUCCUGUCCUUCUUGAUUGGUUCUGCAAUACUUGGAUAGCAAGAAAAUAAACACUUGUGGCCUCCCUAAUAUGAGGAACCCCCACAUUGUGUUAAAAGUUGUCAAAGCUGUGUUUGGCACUGACUUUUCCAGUCUUCAACAUAGGGAUUAAGAGAAUGACUGCAGCAUGGUGUACAUCACCAAAUCCCUUAAAUAUGUGUAUCUCCUUUUGCCAAGCUGUGGAUGGUGUUCUUACUGUGAGUGUUUUAUGUCUAGUCUUCCUCAGAAAAGUACCAUGCUCCUUGUCAGUAGCCUAUGUCCUGUCGCUGUUUCCGCGGAUGCCUUACGCUAUUUAGGGAGGUGAUCCUAAGAAGUCUUAGCCCAGCUGUGAAGAGGAGUUAGUGGGUAAGGAGGACUGACACACAGCUGUCUUCAUGAUUAUCCAGGUUAGAAAUCUGUGUCAUUGAUGAUACUCCAGUUAUCUGUAAGUAAAUGACUGCUAUAAGUUUAAGGGAAGAUACAGGUCUCCCGAUUUUUUGUCUGUCUUCUCCUUACUUUCCCAUCCAUCCAGUGCAUCAGACAUUUUUAAAGAAGGAAAUUAUUCUCCUUUUAGGGAAUAGACCUUCUGUCUGGUCUUUCUGAUCCCUUCAGUGUCCACUGGAAGUUUGCACCAUGCUGUACUCUAGAGACAGAAUUAAAGCUUGUAAACAAACUUCAUAACUUUUAUCAGCAUUUAAAUUGCAUUUUGUGACUUCUUGGUUUGAUGGAAUGAUGAUGUGUAGCAGGUGUACUUCCCAUGCCUUUUUUUUUUUUUUUUUUUUUUUUUUUUUUAAAACAUCUUCAAAUAUUUCCCCAAAGAGAAGUAUUUGGUAAUAGCUUUAGGAGAAGGAAACGUGUACAUCACAGAAUUACAGAAAGGUCUACAAUCACUUAUUUUCAGAGAUAUCUAUUGUGAGAGUCCUAGUAUUUUAUGCAAAGUGUAACUUCAUAUAGAGCCUUAGAUUUAUGAUAGAAGUGGAAACACAUUUAAAUAUUAUGGUUGUUUCAGUGCUCCAUGGAGCUGUGUACAUGCAUAACCUGCAUGAAUUGGCAUCCUCUGUUUCAACUCUGACUCCACGGUGUGUAAUGAACGGGCAAAGCAGUCUGCUUGGAUGCUACACAGUGAGGCAUCGGUGACCUCAAACAGUUUGGGAUAGAAGAGUGGAUAGACUGGUAGUAAGGCUGAAGGACAAGGAAUGACUAAUGGUUUUGGCAUACUUCCUAUUUUUGCACGAGUUUACAUGUGGCAGAACACGUCUGGCGCUUUUUAUGAGAAGCAAAUAUGAUUUGAUGUGAAUAGAAGGAACAGAGUCUGACUUUAAUGAGAAUUUAGCUUUUAUGCAGGUCCUAGUUGCGUAAGGGCUCACGUGAGCACAAGGUCAGACUGUGCCUCAAGAUGCGUACUCCCAUGAAACUCCAAGGUAAGAGCUAGAGGCUUGAUCUUUCCUUUGGAGGUACGAAAACCUGUCAAGACCCUGUAGACAGUAAUGACAGUCGGCUGCUGCGCAUGUACCUGCUCACUGGCCAUUUUACGAACUACUGCCGCAGCAGUUGGAGUAUCAAAAGAUGGAGGCUCUACAUCUUUUCUUAAUAGCUUUCAUUGUACAUUGUCUAUUUCCCGAAUUAAAAUUUCAUUAUCGGUAUUUCUGUAGUGAUGUGUUAGGGCCUAAUGCAGCUCUCCCACAGCCUGCCCAGCACAGAUAUGGAUCUAACUGGGAGGCUUUAAAGAAAAUUUCACUUUCCUGAGUACAAAAACUAAUCAAAACAAAACAAUUUGUAUUUAUUGACAGUAUGUCAACUUUUCACCACAUCUUUACUUCGUAUCUAGUUAUUUCUGUGCAAUUUACAUGUUGAGGUAUCUGAUUUUUGCAGAUACAGAGUAAGAUCUAGGUAAACCUUCCUUUUCUAAACCUAUUUUAUUAGUAUGAAAUAAUCACUUAUGUAACCUCCAUUUUAUUUUUUUUUUAAUAUUUACAGUGGGUUUGCUAAAAUUAUGUAUGCUUGAACUUGGUUAUUUAACUUAUCUAAUUUGGGCUCAGAUAGUGAGGCAAAACCGGUGUAAUUUCUAAAUGUCAAGAAGGACGUAUGCAGCUUGUGGAGCCUGAUAAGUGUGAAAAAGCAGGCUGAAAAGACAUUACUUGCUUUGAAAAUCUGUGAUUUGAGUUGGCAAUAGCAAUGAAUCUGCUGUAAGGAAAGGGGCAGAUUUUUUUUUUUUUUUUUCCUUGGGUUGCUAAGUAGUUUGAAUUGCAUUCAUAGAAUAUCUGAAGUAGGAAGGGACCCAUAAGGAUCACUGAGUCCAACUCUCUGCUCCAUGCAGGACUACCUAAAACUAAACCAUACGACUAAGAGCGUUGUCCAGACGCUCCUUGAACUCUGACAGGCUGGGUGCCAUGACCGCUUCCCCGGGGAGCCUGUUCCAGGGACCGACCACCCUCUCGGUGAAGAACCUUUUCCUAACGUCCAAUCUGAACUGCCCCCGCCGCAGUUUCGCAGUCAUUCAUAACUGUGGCUUUUGUCCUACUUCCGUGUUUCUUAUCUAAGUAGGAAUGUUCUUGCAAACCAAUGUGAGGUUGGAAUACGUGCAGGACUUCAUGGCCCCUCUUUUAGAAUAGCUGCUGCUCCGUAUAGGCUCGUUUUGAUCUGCAAUGAGAGGCUAUUUAGGGAUGUCCUUACAAGGUGAACUUUUAUAUGGUGCUCUUAAGAAACUGUCUGUAAAGGUGUUGUAGACUUUAUAGACUGGAGUGUUACAGAAUUAGCUGGUAGCAGUACUUUUCUGAGCUGUUUCUAAGUGAUACUUACUUAAAUUCAUGUUUACAUUUUUAAAGAAGUAAUUGGAUUUUUCAAAAGUGCCAAGCAGCUGCAAAUCUUUUAUGGCUCCAAUGCCUACUCAGGGCAGUGAACAUUUUAUGGCAAAUAGUGAUUGCAACGUGUUGCCCAAUAUAGUUUCACAUCUCUCUCUCAAGCUUGACAUCACUGAGUUCAAUUUCAUAAGAAGGUGUUAGUAGAAGAUUAAAUAAGGGAACAAUUCACUUAAGUUGUGUGCCAAGGAAUAAAAAUAUUCUUGCCGAAUUUUUACAGCAGUGAUCUGCAAAGUUUAGAUUAAUGAAAAAUAUUCUUCCCAGAAUUAAUAUUUGGGCAGUGCAAUUUUGCUGAAGGUAUUUGUGUGUGUGUGUGUGUAAGUCUGAGAAUUAUACAAGAGAGUUUAAAAACAAAAGGCUAGACUCUGCUUUGGGGACAAAAGAAGACAAAACACAGAAUCCUACAUGUUCCGUGACUCCUAGCUGAUUUUUGAUAGGCAGAAUGAUCCAGAAUAUAAAGAAACCCGAGAUGUGACCUGCUAGGGUAUUAUGUUUGCAGUGUUUAUAUACUCACCUUCUGUCACCUUCUUCGGUACGAAAAUUAGCCUCAGAUUAGUCUUUUUACAGUGUUAUUUUCAAUUUUUUUCCAAACUGGAGGAUAAGUUCAAUAAGUCAAGAAAAUACUGUCAUAUAGAGUAUUAGGAUAAUAGGAACGGAAGUACAGAUGCCAUAUUUAAAUCUAGAAGGAAAAAAAAAAUCUUAUUUAAGCCCCAAAGAUGAUAUCUGCGUCUGAAAUAUUGGACUGCUCACAUAUAAAAGCAAUGAUUUCUUUUUCAGUUUUGCACAGUUGGUGCUAUGAAACCAGUGAUAAACACUGAAAUAGAAAAAACUACCACAACAGAUUUUCUCUAAAGCUGGAAGUAUCAUUCAAGUCUUGACACAGAGUCUCAAAGAUGAAAUUCCAAACCUAUUAACUCAUUAGAAAAAUGAAAUGGUGGGACCCUGAUAUUUGUGUGUCACGUCCCCAGCCUUUUAGACAGAUACAUUUUGUUAGCAUAUUUGAAGUAUCAUGAGUUCUUUUUAGGUGAAGAGAGAUGCCUGGUAUGCCUUGUUUUUUCUGAUUAAUAUAUCCUGAGGUCUAGCUUGCUUUAACCUCUUUGCAAGUAAGCAGGCUGUCGUAACUAUGUUAACUCUUGCUACUUGUUUUGUAUUACAUGAAAUGUAAUGGUUGAACCUGAAAUGUCAUCUCUACCUUUUGACUUUGUUCAGCGUUCUCAAGACUAAUACAUAGAUAAAACAUACAAAUAAGCAACUUGUAACUAUAGUGUUAAGUGGUGUUCUGCAUUCUUUAUGCUAGGCUCCAUUCUGUAUGCCAAUACCCAGCAUCCAUGUGAAGUCAAUGAGCAUUUGGUCGGGUAGGAGCACAGGACUGGGGUUUUGUAGUCCAGAAGUAAUCAUCAAACUUCUUUGUAUUUAUGCACUAGUCUUUUCAGAAAAAUAACACUGAAUGAAUACAUAAUGAAAUUAUGGUGACCUACAGGUCUCCUUUACAAUCAGUGCAUGCCCUAAAAUACUGCUUUGUAACAUCUGUUUUAUACUAAAUGUCGGUGUUCAAGUGAGCCUUGUUAGAUAUUUGAGUGACAGACAACAAUAUUUAUAAAUCUGUUACAAUAAAUGCCUUUUUAGUCUAAGAAAAUGUGUGGUAUGGCCUUUAUAAAAAGGGAAAAAAAAGGUCUCUGAGGCUAAAGAAGUCUCUGUUGUUGCCUUGUGUUAACAAUUCCUUCCUGUGCCAUGGGCUUGAAUUUAUUACCCUGAGUAAUUCUGUUUAAGUCAGUGAGGCUGGUCACAGUAGUGAAUUAACAGAUGUGGGGGAUUACUUCUUUUUUUUCUUUCACCAUCAGAAUCGCAGUGAAGCUGUAAAUAAAUCUAAUAAUCUGUGUGUUAACAAAGUAUUAACUCAAUGGUCAUGUAGUAAGUAGCUUGUAGAGGUUCCUGUGGUGACUUCUAUGCUGUGUUUUUUGUGACCUAUUUGAUGCAACUGUAAUCAAGCUGCCAGUAUUACAAAUUUGGGUGUUCUUUAUCUACUGUCAUUGCUGCCCUAUUGCUUGGCCAGGCAGAGCAGCUCCUGAAGCAGUCAGAAGAGCCUUUUACAGAAAAGAAGAAAAUGAAUUUAUAUUAGAGAUUGGCAACAGAGAGGAGGAAGUCUCAUGAUACUCGGUGAGCAAAAGCAGCUGUAGAAGUCUCUCAAACAGGGGUGUUUCAACUUCUGAGAUCUCUCAGGUUUGACCAGGUAUUUUAGCUCCUUGCUGGUGGACUGAGAGCAAGAGUUGGCUCAAGGCACCAAGGAAUGUAUUGUGUUUACACUGUGUGCUCUGUUUUUUGUGUUUGUAGUAUUGCUACCCUGUAGCUGCAGGCUGCAAGAAAGGUCGCAUCUCGUGUGUGUCAGCUACUUGUGCACUAUCCAAGUGAUCAUGAUCAAUAGAGGCCUCAAACAGACUCAACAGAGGGUCUUAAAAUAUAUUCUGUUUGUCUUGUGCCACGUAACAUUUGACAGAUUGGUAAGGCAUUUUGUCACAAGCCUGACGAAGCCAAAAUAUUCUUCUGUUACUCAGAUCUCUGUAUAUCCAGCUCUUGUUCCACGCACACAGCUGCCAUGUGGGCUAAACCCUGCGAGAUAGUGCUCUGGAUUUUGUUCAUCCCAAGGUCUUACUGGUGCUGUGUUUUGCAUGCUGGUCCACUGAGUGAACAUCUUUGGUGCUAUUGACUGCUCUGCCUUACGACCAUGCAUUUCAUUCGCCUUGUGAACUGAACAAAAUUAAUAGUCGUCUAUGUGAAUCAUUCAAGUAUAGCACUGCUGAUAAUACCAUAUACUUUAACUGAGAUAUUGAACAAAGUUGUUUCUGCAGUAAAGUCAGUCACUGCUAUAAUCACUGGGUACAAACAGAGCCGGUAUUUCCAAGAGCUGUUUUUCAUUUUCUUUUUACCACUAUUUUGUAAAUUACAUUUAAUUUGGAUUAAAUUAGCAGUUGAUCUGCAUAAAAGAUUAAUUUUUUUUCUUUAGCCCCAAAUAGAAAGGUAUGUGCUGAUGACCUAAAGUUUAUAUCUUAAUGAUGAACUUUAAAGAUUACAUCUUUUUUUAAUUUGGUCCUGCUACUGUUGAAACUAUAGUAGUUUAUGUCGAGUAUUUUUCAUUCAUCUGAAGAGGAUAUUAAACUGAGAUGAAUUAAUGAAGUGAGAUUAACCUCAAUGGAACGUUCACAAAUGUUCAGUAACACAGGUUAAAACAAACAAGUUGUUUCUCAAGCAGGGAUAGAGAGUUAUUUUCUAAAUACACAGGCCAAUGCUGACACCUUGUGGCUUUGUUACUGAGUUAUUUCAUAGUUUCAUGUGGUUAUUUCGGGUGUAAAUCAUGAUGAACUUGCUGUUGCCAGCGUUGUCUGUCUCCUCUGCUUCCUGGCCACCUCAGUACCCAGUAUUUUGGUAUCACAUGUAAGACAGCUUUGGGCUGUGUUGACUGCACAUCGAGUGAAUAAGAACUAGGGGUGUCUGGGAGCUCUGGGAGGGGACUCAAACAGCUUCAGUUCAAUGCACAAAAUCACGGGUGCUAGUGCAGAAGCAGAUGAUAGCAGUUACGAGCUUCUCUCUUACUAGUUAUGCCGCAUUUUAUAUUUCCCUCUACAUAGGAGAGCACCGAGGACUCUCAAUACUUGGCACGUGUACUUUUAGGCACGCACACGUUUUCUACAUUGACACAAAAGCCUUCCUUUGCUGUCCUCUUCACCCUUGAAGAAUUGCUGGCAGCAAAACUACAUCCAAAGGGACUGUUGGAGAAUUUCUGGUAGUAUAGGACCCUGAGGUGCACUGUUUAUCUAUGGCCAUAAAAAUGCCUAAACCACAGUUUAUCAGUGCAAUUUAUACCUAAAUGGGCAUCUAAUCUAAAAUCACAUAACUUUUCAAGUCUUAACAAAACCAGCUGUUAAGGCUGCAGUCGCCAUUUGAGAUCUGUUGUGGAAUUAAGUUUCCAGAUCUUGAGGUGUGUCUUGUGAAGAUCACGCAUCCUCCCUCAGCUGUUACCUCAGAGAUUGUUUUCUGAUGUUUAUAGUCAUGUCCCUGUUCUUAAGUGUUCGUGCUGUGGUAAUACAGGAGUUAGAAAUCUUUACUGCGUUGUGGGUUUGUUGUUUGGGGUUUGGGUGCUUUUUGUUGUUGUUCUUAAUUUUAUUUCUGAUGUGUUUAGUUGUUUAUAAUGAAUAGUGAAACACAGAACUGGAAAGGAAAGGUUUUCUACAGUAGGGACCAAGUUGUUCAUAAUGAAUAGUGAAACACAAAACUGGAAAGGAAAGGUUUCCUAUAGUAGGGACCGAAUCUUCAGUUUAUGUAAAUCAGUAUUUAUAGCUUCACUCAAGUCAAAGAGGUGACAUUAAUUUCUAUUCCUGAAGAAUGUGACUGCCUGAGUCUGUUAAGAAAAAUCAAAGGAAUAAGGAUGUGCCUAUAAGGUUUGAUUUGCUGGCAUCUCUAUUUAUCUAACAGGAGGAUUUGUACUCUCAACUCCCCCCCGUGUAAAUCUUAAUUGACACUUGCUAAUUGAACUUUAAUACAAUAAAUGUAUUAUAAUGA